AUGUAUUUCUGUGUUACUUGUACAACAGUAGGUGAAUUAUUGUAUCCAAUAUUACGUGAUGUCGAUUUAAUAGAAGCGACUGAAACUAUAAGUGAUAUUUUAGGUGCUUCAAUGGUUGUUUUAAAAUUUACAAUUAUCAUAUGGAGACGACGUGAUUUAUACAGAUUACUUAAAAGUGCACAUAUUGUACGAAGUAAAAUGGUUGUAAAAGAAACUGAUCCAAAACUGAAAGCAUUAGAAACAAAAAGUCACAAAGAAGCUUCAAUAGUAACAAUGAUAAUGUUAGUGCUAAUCGGUGGUACAAUUGCUGCUUACAAUAUAAACUUUCUAUUCUGUAUACAUUUGGAAUCUAUAUUCAGCCCAUGCAUUUUAGUCCAAUUUGUUUUAAGUGGAGUAACAUUAAGUUUAGUUGCAUUUCAAGUCACGCUCGACAAUGUUGGAAUGGACAGAAAAGUAAAAUACAUGCAAUUCUUUUUUUUAAUUGUUGGUUCAUUAUUUGUCUACUGUUGGUAUGGUGAGAAAAUAUCAAAAGAAUCAAAAUCGAUUGGUGAUUCACUUUAUAACACAGAUUGGUACAACAUGACCAAAGAAUUUAAGUAUUUAGUCAUUCAAAUGAUAUUUCGAUCACAAAAACCAGUCUAUAUAACUGCUUGGGGAUUUAUUAACGCUACUUUACAAUCGUAUACCGCGGUGUUAAAAACCUCAGUUUCGUAUUUUGCACUUUUAAGAACAUUGGGGAGUGACGAUGACGUACAAGUAUAA